AUGACCCCUGUCCUCACCCCCUCCAUCAACCACAUGACCCCUGUCCUCACCCCCUCCAUCAACCACAUGACCCCUGUCCUCACCCCCUCCAUCAACCACAUGACCCCUGUCCUCACCCCCUCCAUCAACCACAUGACCCCUGUCCUCACCCCCUCCAUCAACCACAUGACCCCUGUCCUCACCCCCUCCAUCAACACAUGA